GUCGGCCGUGACGACGUUAUUUUCUCUACGCUUGAGAGAGAGAGACAGGGAAGACUACACGGAAAGAACAAUGGGCGUAGAUGUCGAAACCAUUAGACCAGGACACGGAGGGACUAACCCGCAGAGGGGACAGACGGUUUCCGUGCACUACGUUGGCACGCUGACAAAUGGAAAGAAGUUUGACUCCUCCAGGGACCGAGGAGAUCCCUUCAAAUUCAAAAUUGGAAAUGGUGAAGUCAUUCGUGCUUGGGAUGAGGGUGUAGCUCAGAUGACCGUUGGCCAGUUGGCCAGGUUGACCUGCUCGCCGGACUAUGCGUAUGGUGCUCAAGGAUUCCAUCCCGUCAUUCCAGAAAACGCCACUCUCAUCUUUGAAGUGGAGCUGCUGGGUUUUUCUUAAAAGUUGAAGGUUGCUCUUCACAAUUUCUCAUGCCAUCAUCAUCUCUGACACAAAUAGCCAUUUAUUUAAAGGUGCCGUCGGUAGCAUUUAUAAACAUGAAUAAAUUGUUGUAGAAAGAAUUCUCAUACCGUGGGAUGAUUGAGACAAAUUUGAUACAUGCCCGGCGCUAAUGUUAGUGCUGAGAUGACACCGGGAUCAAAAAAACGUAAGGGAACAGUACAACUUGUUUCGUCCAGGAUUCAUGUGGCCUCCAUUUCUACAUUAGUCUGAUGAAUCAUGGAAUUAUUAGACAUCCAACAGAAUGACCACCGAAUCUGAACAUUUAACACUAAAUUUGCACAGAAUGAAUCUAAUUUGUUCAUACCUUUUUAUUCCAAUGUCCCAAAAAUAGUGCGGAAAUGAUUAUGAAACACCUUUUUAAUGAAGUCUAUUUGUUCUUUCUUGCAUUAUGUAUUUCUCUAACAGAUGCAUUGAGUUGAUGACCUGGGACUUUGACACAAUGUAAAGAAUGUCUUACAGACAAUAACGGCUUAUGAUUUCAUUUUCAUCCCUCCAUUUAUUGCCUUUCAUCCUAUCAGAUUCUGAAUCCUGACUCUUCAACUUUAUUCUUGUCUUUUUGUCAUAACAAGUUAAAGGCCUCAAGUGUCCUUGUGUUAUGUCAUGCUUGACAAUUUCUUUGGUAAUGUUUUACUUCUUUAUUGUGUCAUCCAUUGAUAAAGGGUAUUUUCCGUGGGUUCUGCAUUCUUGCAUUAAAAUCAUCAAGUAUACAAUA